AUGCCUGAGCUCGCAGAGGUUGCACGUAUCGUGCAUUUCAUCCGACAACAUCUGGUUGGCAAGACCCUCUCCAAGGUCCAGGCGCAGCACGAUGAUAUCGUUUAUGGAAAGGUUGGGACCACUGCGGCCGAAUUUCAAAAGGCACUGCAGGGUAAACAGGUCAUGGGUGCCGGGCAGCAAGGGAAAUACUUCUGGAUCACAAUGUCCUCUCCACCACAUGCCGUGAUGCAUUUUGGCAUGGCUGGCUGGCUGAAGAUCAAGGGCGCUGAUACCUAUUAUUACCGUUCGGACAAGCCUGUUGACCAGGAGUGGCCGCCCAAAUAUUGGAAAUUUUUGUUGGAAACAAGCGACGAGCCGAAGGCCGAAGCGGCAUUCGUCGAUGCGCGCAGGUUAAGUCGAAUUCGUCUUGUCGAUUGCCCCGCUGAUGAAAUCCGAAAAUACACUCCCCUGAAGGAAAAUGGGCCGGAACCUGUUGCGGAUAAAGACAUUCUGACGGAAGGCUGGCUGGCAGAGAAGCUGAAGAGCAGGAAAGUACCCAUUAAGGCACUUCUGCUCGACCAAGCGAAUAUCAGCGGGAUCGGAAAUUGGAUGGGGGACGAAAUUCUUUACCACGCCAAGAUCCAUCCGGAACAGUACAGUAAUACACUGUCCGCUGACCAGGUCAAGGAGCUUCACACCGCAAUGCAUUAUGUUUGCUCUACUGCAAUUGAAGUUCUUGCGGAUUCUGAAAAGUUUCCUGAGCAUUGGCUCUUCAAGCAUAGAUGGGGCAAGGGCAAGAAGAAUCAAUCGUCGGCACUUCCAAACGGCGACAAGAUAACAUUCAUCACAGUCGGCGGCAGAACAAGCGCUGUUGUUCCAGCAGUCCAAAAGAAGACCGGCCUCGCCACGAAUAGUACCGGCGAUGAAAAUUCGAAGAAAAUUUCGAGCGCAUCAAAACGGAAGAGGGCAACGAAACAGGAAGACGACUCUGAAGUUGAUGACAAGUCCAAGCCCGAGAUUAAAAGCCGCGGGCCCAAGAGGCAGAGCAUCUCCGCCAUUAAAAAGGAGGAGGAUGGCGAAGAGAAAGACGUCGUUGGCCCUGUGGAGCGGCGUCGCUCAACACGCUCCAGAAAGUGA